CAACAUCACAACCCGCAAUGCCCAGGGAUGAAGGACAGGAAUCGCUCUUGGCUGAUCAUGAUGGCCUGGACAGGCCGGAUGAUUCCUAUCCAUUCCCACGAACCCCUGGCGACGAGCAUGAGCUUGUAGCCCAUCCGGACCCGGCCAACGCAGCCCCGGUUUCUCCCUCCGCAGUCCCCAAUGCAGCGCCGCAACAGUCCGCCAUAUCCCAGCCCACGCCGGACGGACAACGUCGCCCUCCUCGCACCACAAAUCGAGUUCGAUUCGACCUUGAGGACGAUACGGAAGAUGAGCAGCAACCGGCCGCAUAUGCUCGCAACUCGGAGGACUCGUCGUGGCUGGAGGAUGAGGAUUACGCUCGCGACGGCGGAACUCGGCCUGGAAGACACCCCAGAGGACAGAUGGUGCCUCUUCUGACGGACAUUGAAGCCCCGAGUGUGACCCUUGCGACGUCCGAGGAUUUCUUUCCCGAGCAAUACCUGGAGGAUGCGCGGCCUCGGAGCGGAAUGCGCAUGGCAUUCAUGAACAUGGCCAACAGUAUUAUAGGCGCCGGGAUUAUAGGUCAGCCCUACGCACUGAAGCAGGCCGGUAUGAUGAUGGGCCUUGCGCUUCUGAUUGCCCUGACCAUCGCGGUGGAUUGGACGAUCCGUCUGAUCGUGGUCAAUUCCAAGCUGAGCGGUGCGGACUCCUUCCAGGCCACGAUGCAGCAUUGCUUUGGUAAAAGUGGCCUCAUCGCCAUCUCAAUUGCCCAGUGGGCUUUUGCAUUCGGCGGGAUGAUUGCCUUCUGUAUUAUUGUAGGAGAUACCAUUCCACAUGUGUUCAGCGCCAUGUUCCCCUCCCUCCGGGACACGUCAUUUCUCUGGCUUCUAACCGACAGGCGAGCUACCAUCGUGAUUUUUGUCCUGGGCAUCUCGUAUCCGCUUUCUUUGUAUCGAGACAUAGCGAAGCUCGCAAAAGCCUCCACAUUGGCCUUGAUUAGUAUGGUCGUGAUUCUGGUGGCUGUACUCACGCAAGGCUUCCGUGUUCCGUCGGAAUCUCGAGGAGAGGUCAAAAGCCUGCUUCUAGUAAACUCAGGCUUUUUCCAAGCCGUAGGAGUGAUUUCUUUCGCUUUUGUUUGCCACCAUAACAGCCUUCUCAUCUAUGGGUCCUUGAAGAAACCAACUAUGGACCGCUUCGCGAUGGUGACCCAUUACUCCACGGGAGUCUCGCUGCUGAUGUGCUUGACAAUGGGUAUAUCAGGCUUUCUUUUCUUUGGCUCGAAAACCCAGGGCAACGUACUCAACAACUUUCCGUCCGACAACAUCAUGGUUAACAUUGCGCGAUUUUGCUUCGGCCUGAACAUGCUGACGACAUUGCCUCUAGAGGCGUUUGUAUGUCGAUCAGUCAUGACAACAUAUUACUUCCCGGAUGAGCCGUUCAACAUGAACCGUCAUCUGAUCUUCACCACCGCGCUGGUUUUGACUUCGAUGGGCAUGGCUCUCGUUACCUGCGAUCUCGGCGCGGUCUUUGAGCUGAUCGGGGCAACCAGUGCCUCUGCAUUGGCAUAUAUCUUCCCGCCUCUGUGUUACAUCAAAUUGAGUAACAGCAGCCGGAAGGCGAAGAUUCCUGCAUACUUGUGCAUUGCCUUUGGAAUAACCGUCAUGGGCGUUAGUCUCCUGCAGGCCAUUGCCAAGAUGAUCAGAAAUGACGGAGGCGCAAGCACCUGUAGUGCCUAAUCAUUGUAAAUCUGUCUUAUUCCCCGGAUAAACUUUUGUUUUACUGCUCUUAGGCAACUGUACAUAGACAUGCCCAUGCCUGUACCCAAAGCUCCAGGGUCUCAUGGGUCACCAUUUCUGGUCUUUCUGACUUCUCUGAGCUCGAAGGAGACUCGAUGUAUUACUGGAUCAUUUUAGACCAAAUGUAACAAAC